UUCUAUUUAGAUUUCUAUAGGUUGUCGAAUAUGUUAAGUUUAAAUACUUUUGCUGGAUGAUUGUGAAGUAUGGCUGCAUUAAUUGAAUUGAACAAACAGGGAUGGCAUCUUACUAGUGAAGGCCUGGAUAAAUGCAAACAGGAGCUCACUGCAGUUAAUAAAUCUGCAACAAAUAUUAAAGACAUAAUCUCAACUGCACUGAAUUUCGACAUCGUGGGGAUUGGAGAUAAAUAUUUUCCUGAUGAUAUCAACAAGUUAAACGAGGUCCCUUGUUUACCAUGCGUUUUACAAGUUGUUAAAACCCGUAAUAUAUCGGCACCAAAGUCAAAUGAAGAGUCGAAUCAUUCGCCUCGUAUGUUGCAAAUCCAUCUUAGUGAUGGAAGCAAAUGUGUGGUGGGGAUUGAACACGAACAUAUCAACAAAAUAUGUCUAGACACUCCACCUGGUGCAAAAAUUCGAAUCCACUCGAAAGUUAUUGUUAAGAAUGGCUUCUUAUUGCUGAACCCAAUGAACACAGAAGUACUUGGGGGUAAAGUGGAAAGUUUAUACAACAAGUGGAAGGCGGGAAAGGAAGGUUGUGGUUUUGCCCGUGGGAAUAAUAUUGAUGAUGAAACUUCCCCACCAUUUGUUCCAUUUGGACAAAAAAUCGCCAAGCAUUACAAUGCAAACAAACCGUCAUUAAAACCAAGUGAAACCUCCAACCCUGAAGCUUCAAGUGGAUUUCGGGAUCAUCGUGAAGCUGCAAUUGCUGAAGUGAAGACACAAGAAUCUUCAACAAGGGUGUUCGCUGCUUCCGCUUCCCCACAGAUCAAUAUUGACCAAAGUUCCACUCGUAGCAAUUACCAUGGGAAACAAGAGAACAGUCGGUACAAAGGACAAGACAACAAACACAAGCCAUCGAUAAAAAUUGAUGAGAAAGUUUGUGAACAACUGAUGCAAAUGGGGUUUGGUAGCCACAAGGUGGAGGCUGCUGUUGCGAGGUCCAUGAAUAACUUUGAGGCAGCUUUGGAGGAUUUACUCGCAUCUGAGAAGGGUGGGAGAGGGAGGGGAGAAGAUGGGAGGAAUGAGAGAGGGAGGGGAGGGAGAGGAGAUGAUGGAAGGAGUGAGAGAGGGAGAGGAGGUGGAAGAGGUAGUAGGAGUGAUAGAGGUGGAAGGGGUGGAGGAAGAGGAGAAGAUGCGAGAUGGAGUGGGAGAGGAGGAAGAGGAGAAAGAGAAGGGAGAGGUGGAAGAAGUCGUCGGCAUCGUGAUAAUGAUGAUGAAGAACAACAUGCUUCAAACAAAAACACAACUUUAUUUGAUUUUCUGGAAACCAAGAUUCAACCAACAGAGCCAAAACGACCUGAGAAAGCCACUGUGGAUACUGAAGAUCAAAUGCAUGAUGAUGAUCAUAUUAUCGAAUAUGUUAAACAAUUAAGUUUGGUUGAAACUGGUGGGAAGUCGGACAGAACAGAAAAUUCCCGGUCAUCUGAUGCAAGUUAUUCAAACAGAAGACCCCAGAAUUAUUCAAAGAAUCCACCAUUUAAUGAUCACACCCACAAUGAUAAAAGCUCAUACAGGCAAGGGUAUAGUUUCAAUGCAGGGAAAAGUCAGAACAGAUUCGACACAAACAGAGAUCAAUCUCGACAACAAAACGAACGAACGGAUAAGCAUAGACUGUGGAAUGAAGAAAAAUUGUCCGAAAAAGUUUCGUUUCCAAAAGCGGUUGCGCCACGAUUCACCAAGGACAAAUCUCAGUACGAGGACAAACCAAACAAGCAAGUUGAUUCGAAUCGACAACGACCGCCAGAGAUGAAGUUUUACCAACCACCUUCGCAACGUAAUGGGCAACAACAACAGAAACAACAUCAACACCAAUAUCAACAACCACAUAAACAACAACCGCUACAACUGCCACAACGUAAUGUGCAAAAACAACCACAGGAACAACAACAACCCCCGUCACAACUUAAAGGGCAACAACAACAACAAAAACAACAACGACAACAGCAACCACAUCAACAACGUAAUGGGCAACAACAACAACAAUAUCAACAACAGAAACAACAACAACAAUAUCAACAACAGAAACAACAACAACAACUGAAACAACAACAAUAUCAACAACAGAAACAACAACAACAACCACCACCUACAAACUCUGGCAAACAGAUGACUUUGGGUGAAACGGCUGAAAGAAUGAAAUCACAAGGAAGGAAAGUCAAUGUUGAACAACAUAAGUAUAAACAUACGCAGCAACAACAUGCGCAACAACAACACGCGCAGCAACAACAUGGGCAACAACAACAUGCGCAACAUACGCAGCAACAACAUGGGCAACAACAACAUGCGCAACCUGUGCAACCUGCGCAACCUGCGCAACAAGCAAUGGAAUGCAAGUGGAGCGAGGGUUCGUUUUGCCAAGCCAAAUACUGGGAAGAUUACAAGUUUUACAAAGCAAAGAUAAUGAACAUCCAUCCAAGCAAGUCAACGGCUGUCGUUGUUUUCCUCGAGUACGGGAAUUAUGAAGAAGUUCAAUUGAAAGAUCUCGUACCACUCAGUAAUAUGGUUAGUCAUCCCAAUGUGACGUCAUAUACGGGUCCAAUCGCCGGGUUAGAGUUCACGAAAGGUCACCAGGGACCGACAAGAUAUCCUCAAUAUAACGACACAUUCCGUGAUAACGCGAGAUAAUAAAAUCAAAUGUUUGGCCGUUAGGUGGUGCUCGUGUUUCUUUGCCGUGAUUCCUUGUGGCGUCACUAAUUCCUCUGUGACGUCAUAUUUAUCAACGCUUUUGAAAUGCCUUUGAUAAUAAAAUUUUCGAAUCAAGCUCAU